UUUUUUGGGAGGCUAUGAAGUGCUAGCGGUUGACUGUGUUUUUUAUAAUUAAAUUGGAAAGUACUGAGUAAACUUUAGAUUUAGAUUAGCGAGCGUAGUUAUUUAUUAUUAAAUAUAGUGUAAGAUUUAAAAUGUCCUAUUCUAACAAAUAUACUUUCGCGGCCUUACCGCGGACGCAACGCGGUACGCCUUUAGUUCUAGGAGGUGAUCCUAAAGGAAGGACCUUCUUGUAUACCAAUGGGAACUCAGUGAUUAUUAGAGACAUCGAAAACCCUGCUAUUUCUGAUGUGUAUACAGAGCAUUCUUGUCAAGUUAAUGUGGCUAAGUACUCACCAAGUGGAUUUUAUAUUGCAUCUGGAGACGCGUCCGGUAAAGUUCGCAUUUGGGAUACCGUAAAUAAAGAGCACAUCCUGAAAAAUGAAUUCCAGCCGAUCGGUGGGCCUAUCAAAGAUAUCGCUUGGAGCGCUGACAACCAGCGGAUGGUGGUCGUCGGCGAAGGCCGGGAGAGAUUCGGUCACGUGUUCAUGUCGGAGACGGGCACUUCGGUGGGCGAGAUCAGUGGCCAAUCGAAACCCAUCAACUCGGUGGACUUCAGACCAGCUCGCCCGUUCAGAAUCGUGACCGCGUCUGAGGAUAAUACCAUUGCUGUGUUUGAAGGUCCACCAUUCAAGUUCAAAUGUACCAAGCAGGAGCACACUCGUUUCGCUCAAGCCGUCCGCUACAGUCCAGAUGGUAGUUUGUUUGCUUCGGCCGGUUUCGACGGAAAGAUAUUCCUGUUUGACGGGGUCACAUCAGAGCUCAAGGGGGAGAUCGGUUCUCCGGCCCACAAGGGUGGUGUCUAUGGUAUAUCCUGGUCCCCCGACGGUAAGCAGUUGCUGUCAUGUUCCGGUGAUAAGACAUGCGCGAUAUGGGACGUCGCCACCAUGGAGAGGGUCACGUUGUUCAAUAUGGGCAACGCCGUUGAGAAUCAACAGGUAUCUUGUCUAUGGCAAGGCAGCCACCUCCUGUCCGUGUCCCUGUCCGGCGUGAUCAACUACCUGGACGUGGACAACCCGGAUAAGCCGCGGCAGGUGUUGAUGGGUCACAACAAGCCGGUCACGUGUCUCACGCUUCGGCCCGACAGAAACGCCGUAUAUACCGCCAGUCAUGACGGAUGCGUCACGUGCUGGGAUGUCAACACUGGUGAAGGGAGCCAUAUCACGGGCCAGGGUCAUGGAAACCAGGUGAAUGGUAUGCGAGCCAGUAAAGAUGGCUCUCUGCUUACUUGCGGUAUAGAUGAUACGUUGCGUCGUGCCGCGCCUGCAGAUGAAGGUGGGGUUCCUUGUUACACGGACGUGGCCAUCCCUCUAGGGUCCCAGCCGAGGGCCAUGGAUCACGUCAUAGAAGACGAUACCACUAUCGUGGCCACCGUGAAAGAGUUGGCGGUGAUUAUCGGUACAAGUAAGCAGUCGAGUAUGCCACUCAACUAUGAACCUACGUGCGUCGCAAUAGAUCCUAAAUCGAGACAUGUCGCUGUCGGCGGUGCUGACAACAAAGUCCACAUAUACACCUUGGAUAUCCGUACAUUAACACCCAGCGUCGAGCUGACACACCUGGGUGCCGUCACCGAUGUCAAAUAUAGUCCUGACUCACAGUAUCUAGUUGCCUGCGAUGCUAACAGGAAAUUGAUACUGUACUCUACUGAUGAGUAUAAGCCGGCUCAUAACAAGGAAUGGGGUUUCCAUACUGCUCGAGUCAACUGCGUGGCGUUCAGUCCCGAUUCUAAACGAGUAGCGUCAGGAUCUUUAGAUACCAGUGUUAUCAUAUGGAAUAUCGAUACACCGGCCAAACAUACCGUCAUAAAGAACGCUCAUCCUCAAAGUCAAAUCACCGGUCUGGCGUGGCUCGACGACGAGACAGUAGUCUCAGUAGGACAGGACGCGAAUACUCGCAUCUGGAAUGUGCCUAAAGCUUAAACACCGAGAGGAAUACGCAUACGCUCAUCCAAAUAUAAAACGUAUGUCCAGUGUAAUAGAAUUCAUUUUUAUGUGAUGGAAUGGAAUUUUUUAUUUUUAUUAGUUAUACGAACUUUGUAAAGCAAUACGAAUUUUAAAUGGGCAUCAUUCUUAUUAGCUGUAAUGGUAAUUCAGAGUUAAAGAUAUUUUUAGAAAAAAAACAUGUCAUUGUUUUAAUGAUAUUUGUAUAAUUAGAUGAUGGUUUAUUUGUUUCGUAACUGAUAAUAAUACCAUUUAGGUAACAUCAUUUUUAUAUGCGUUAGAUAAAGAAAUCUUGAUAUUAUUUUAUCAUUUUAAAUGCAAUUCUUUUUCAAGCAAUUAAAACGAGAAAUAAAAAAAAUUGAAUGAUGCCCUCAAGCCUAUGAAACCAUUUAAAUAUGAGGUAAGAUAUUAAAUUUUCACUUUAAGAACCAAGUGUUUUUGUAAUUUCGUCCUUAUGGCAAAGUAUACAAAAUUCAAUAUUAUAAAAUUUAGAAUUCCAUACACAUAUUAAGAAUGUUUCUCUUGAGAACUAAAGAGUUUAUUUAAAUUAGAUGUUUUUUUUUGGUAUUUUACGAAAAUUAUAACAUAUUUAUUUCGCUUAUUAUAAUAACUUAAGUUUUUUUUUGUAUUGAAUGCUCAGUUAGAUAGAUUUCUACUAAUACGAGUUUUUCUAAUGGCUGGCCGUUGAGAAUUGUUUGUUGAUCUCAAAAAGGUAUUAUUGCAUUUGUUUUUCAUUAGUUUACAUUUAAUCGGUUAUUGGAAAAGGUAUUGGUUGAUUUUAUUUUGUUAAAUUUUCAUCGGUUUUUUAAUUGCAAUAUAAACUAUAGACCAGGGGUGGCCAACUUGCUUAGACCCAAGAUCGACUUUUCACUGAAGACACCUAGUACGAUCUACCAAUUACUUUACUUCUUAAAAUCUUAAAUGAAACAGUAUAGUUCGUACACAAUUAUGUAGCAUUUUUAUUUUAUUUAUAUUUUUUGAAUUGCCACAAUCGACUGGACUAAUAGUCGCGGUCGACUGGUCGAUCGCGAUCGACUUGUUGGCCACCCAUGCUAUAGACAAACUAUAAUAUUUAGAUGGGAUAGUUUUGAUAUGACAUUUCAGAUAUGCUUAUGGAAAUAAGAGUAGCGUUACACUGGUUUUAGAUACCAUUAUGGAUAUGAAUUUAUUUUGGAUUUUCGUAAAUAAAUUUAAAUAUAUAUUUUUGAUAACUUAAAAAUUUAAUGAAUACCAACCGGUGAUCUUUUCCAGUGUCUGAUUACUUAACUGCCUCAUAUAGAGAACAAAAUAUUUUUUUCAACGUGUAAUUAAACAGCUCUUAAUAGAAUAGCCACAAAAUUAUACAGCUGAAAGACUUUGUGUAGAUAUAUUGUACCUAAUAAUUAAGCAAUCAUUGAUUUUCUAUUACAGACAUUUGUUAAUACAACUUAUGGACAUUGUAAAAUCCAUGUUUUAUUAAAGCUAUUUGUCGUAUUAGUUAUUGAGGUUGGCAGUAAAUGGAGGCCGAUACCUCGUUUCUUUGGUGGUGAUACAACUGUUUUGUUUUAAGACAGUACAUUACCGUUUAAUUACUUUUGAGUGUCAUUUAGAUUGCGCUGUUUUAAUUUUAUGACUUUUAAUUAAUGAAAAUGUCGUGCGUCCUCAUAGAAUGAUACUCAAACAUGUGACACUGUUCCUCCUUGGGAAAAAAUGUGGAAAUUCCAACGUGUCGCAAGUUGUUGUAAUUAUAUAUUCUUACCGAUUAACAUACGUAACUUACUUUUUGGAAACAAACAGAAAAUAUUAUAUAGUUUUUUUACAUUUCUAAUAUUAAUUUAUUAUUAUGUAUGUUGUUUAAAUAAUCAUGGAAAUUUAAUUUAUAAAGGCAUAAAACCUGAACCUAGCGCCAUCUAUUGACAAUCAGAACUAAUUAAAUAGUGACGUUUCUUUAACCACCAAAUAUGAGAGAAUGUCGAAAGUUUAUCAAUACUGUUUGAUUAUGUAAAAAAAAAUUGUAAGUAGAGCAAAAAAUUUGAAAAAAAAUGUCUCAUUUAGUAUUUUGUAUUGAAAAAAAGUUCGUCGUCACUAAAGUUUCUUUUUCCGUUUUAAAUCGGAAUUUAAAAUAUUUUGCAGGCCAAAAUUGUGAUUAUUAAAUUUUACGUUUGAUCUAAAAGAUCCCUAAUUUAGCUGUCAAAUUAUACUAACGCGUGUGUACAUGCAUUUUAACAUAUGUAACACUUCCAAAUAAUAUAUUUAUAUAAGAUUCUCAUAAAGAUCGCGGUAUUUUGAAAUGACAAUUACAAUUAUGAUACUGGAUGGAAAAGAAAAUUAGAAUUAUUACAUCAGCGAUGGAAGCAGGAUAGUGUUAUACUCGUCAAGCGUAUAUUACCAUCACGUUUCAAGGUUUUGCAUCGCAUUAAGUAGCUUCGGAACUUUUACAAAUAAAUAAGGGUUUCAAUAUAUUUCGUUUUAAACAUUAAGUGGUUAUUUUAACGUGAGCUCGACGGUACAACUUAAAUAUAUGCAAUAUUUCUUUUCCUGAAAGUGAAAUUUCCUAAACAGUAUUUUUGUACUAAUUGCUGAUUUAAGUAGUUUUUUUUUACAUUGUUUCUUAUACUAAUGAAGUAUGUAAAAUGAUAAAUAAAUUGUAUACACUUGUAUAUUUGCAUUUUUAUUUAAACUUAAAUAGAGGUAUUAAGGAAAAUAAAACAAACAGUAAUUGUUGAACUAUAAAUAGAUUCUUGUCUUUAUUUUAAUGUCUUUUAUGGUAAAGAUAAAUAUUGUCUAAAUUAAAUUAGAAAAAAAUAGUCAACUAGAAUAAAUCAAUGACUUCUAUGUAGACUAAUAGACAAGCUGUAGGUCCUGUACUGAAAAAUUGUUUACUAAUGGCUGGUGUGGAGAUAACAGACUGUCUACGGUCUUCAGUCGUAGUUAUAGGAUUGAUAGCUGAGUAUAAAAAAGAAAUUCUAUUUAGUCCAUCAAUGAGAAAUAGAAAAUAUAAGAUACGCAUAUUUUUGUUUCAAUUUAACAAGAAAUAGAUAACAGCCAUUAAAGUUGAGAAGUGGGGGCACGUUACAUCACAACAAUGUAACAACUCAAUUUAACACCGUUAUUUAUUGAAUACCCGAAAAAUACGUAGUUGAAAUUCUUCAAUAGUUUAAAAGAAAGUAAUAUUUUCCAGUAUAGCAUUAUAAAUCCAAAAUUGUUUAUUUAUUGAUAUUUUUUUUAUUUAUUUACAUUAGUUCCCGAAAUCAAACUAGAUGUCGCUACGGUAUUUUCUUGACUUCUCUAGACAACAGUUCC